AUGAUGGAUCCCAUGGAGCUGGACGACUCCGAUUUUUACGGCGAUGAAGCCACGGUCGCCGGCUUGAAUCAAAGGGUGGAAGAUUUCGACGUUGAUGAAUGGUGCAAGGACCGAGCAUUAGUCCCGCUUCUCCCAACGGCGCGUUUACCACCUGCGACUACUGACGCCACGUUCGAAGUACCUUGGAUUUACAUUUGCAACCCUUAUAUUCCCCGAAAACCAAAAGCCCUAGCGCAAAACCAGAAGAGUAGAGGCAACGAAGAUGAGGGACCCGAGGAGCAUGGCAGCGACCUUUCGGUGGCCACUAGUGGAGGCAUGGAAAGGCUUCACCUCUUGACUAGUUUUAUCCAAGGUGCCCUCGCCGUGGGAGGCAACGUUCCUGCAGUCCUGAAGGACAUCGAGAACGAAAAGAUGGGUGCCAUGCAGGACAUUCUCAACCUGGCGCACGCCUGCAAAGUGAGAUGCGGCAAGUGGAUGAUCUUCUGCGACGCCUUGGCCGUAAACGAGGUAUGGGAGAUUAUUGCGAGAGCCACCGCGAACAACGAACUAGGGAUAGCCGCCAAGGUCGCGCCACGACCCGGCGUGGAGCUUCGACAGAGGGAGCGGCUCAUUUGCGUCUACACGUCGGACUUCAGAGAUCGCCGGGACGUUGGGAGAGUCCUUCGGCGGUUAAGGGAGCUGGGGUUUGUCAGCCCAUCUUCCAAGGAGAAAACCCUUUAUUAUAAACCCGGUUCGUAA